AUGCAAUUCUUGAAAAGUGAGAGUUUUGAUCUCAAUGAAUUACUUGCAAAUUGUUGCUUAAAUAGAGCCGUUAAUUGUUUUGAGUUAUUAAGAACAGAAUUCAAUGUGGAAAUCACCAAAAAAUGCCUUGAUAAUGCAGUUAAAGGAAACAAUCAAUAUAUCAUACAAGAAUGUUUGAAUGAACAAAAUCCUGAUACAUCUACAAUUGAAGCUGCAAUUGCAUCACAUGAUAUUGAUACUUUUAUGAGUUUGAUUGAUGAUUACAACAUACAAUUUUCGGAAUUCCAUAUGCCAAUACUACCUUUAUGUUAUGAUUACCUAAAUCUCCAUGUCUUUCUCGUUUAUUUACUUCAUUAUAACGAUUUGGACGGAUGUUUACGAUUUUCUCCAGUGUUUCAUAUUAGAGAUCUUUGUAGAUAUUUGUAUAAUAAUGGUGGAAAUGUCCUGACAGCGGACCCACAUGGUGCAACAGCUCUUCAUACUUCAAUUUUUGAAAAUCAAAUAGAUAUUGCAAAAGAUUUUAUUUCAUAUGGAAGUGAUAUUGAAGCAAAAGUUAGUUUAGCUGGACGUCCACUUAAUUUUGCCGUGUCUAAUAAUAAUACUGCAAUGGUGGAGUUACUUGUUUCGCAUGGGGCUAAUGUCAACAUUAAUGAUCCAAAAAAUGAUUUUUCACUGCUUCAUAUUGCAACAAUACUGAAAAAUAAAAAUAUUAUUGAAAUUCUAAUUAAAAAUAGUGUACAAGUAAAUGGAGAUCAGAACAAAUAUAAUCUCACCCCUAUUUUUUUAGCAUCACUUUUGAAUUAUAAAGAAAUUGUUCAACUUCUGAUAUCGCAUGGUGCAAGAAUCAGUAAAACAGAUAAAUUUGGAAAUAAUGCUGUUGCAUAUGCAUUAUUGUAUAACAAUAACGAAUUCAUGAAAAGAACUCUUAACCAAUUUCACUCAGUGACAAAACUUAUAAAUUAUAAAACAUUUGAUUUGGAAAGCAAUAACACUGAUUUGAUCGAUCUUCUUUCAUAUAGUGCAAAUGUUAAUGGACAAAAUACUCAUAAGAAUUCACCUCUGCAUAUAGCAGCAUUAAUGUCUAAUAAGGAAAACGCUGAAAAAUUAAUUUCUCAUGGUGCUGAUAUAAAUUCUUUAAAUAAGAAUGGUCAGACACCCCUUGACAUAGCUAUAAUGCGUUGUCAGAAAGACUAUGGCCAAGAUUUUUUGGAUUUUGAAGAAGAAAAUAACCAAAAUUCUCUUGAUUUUUGUCAGAAGAAAAGCGAAAUGGUAGCUUUGUUAACAUUGCAUCAUGGAUAUUCUAAUUCUAUCAUGGAGUUCAAAAGUAAUAAUAUUGUAGAAAUAAUGUUCGAUUAUUUCUGGGAGAGACGUGAAAUUCGAAAACCUAGUGUAACUCUUAUUUUAGUGGAAAUAGAACAAUGA